CUGAAUAGUUAAAUGGAAAACUAUUCUGACUGUCAAUAUGCAUAUUACAAAUAAAUAAUAUUGGUUCGUAUCUAUAAUUAAUUUUGAUUAUUAAAUUCUUAAUACACACAAAAAAAAAACAACAACAUGUGCAUACAAUGUUUCAUUUACAACUUCCUACAAGUGUCUGGAAAGCAUAUUGUACUUUGAACGCAUUUAAGACAAAUGAAGUAUUUGUUUGAAUACAUCAAUCUAUUCAAUUCAUUUACUGUGACAACACUGAUAAGACUGAUAAAUAUUUUCCUCAUACAAUACUUGGCGAAUGCACGUAAACAAUGCUUUAAUUUGGAGCAUGAGCUAGAUUACUGUUCAAAGAAGCAUAAAGUUCAUAUGCCAAGUAGUCAACUGUCUGGUUAUAGUUUUGGCUAUGGUUCAUUGAAUGAUACAGAAUAUAUGUGUCGUACACGAUGGCAUAUUUUAGUAUUUCACUGUAUGAGAAAAAGAGCUGAAGAGUCAUGUAAUCAUUCCGAUGAAGAGAAGUUUCGACAAAUUAUUUGGUCAAUCUCAUUGGACACAAGAAAAUUUGAAAAAGCUGCUGCAUAUAUAUGCCAUGAACACAAUUUAAGAAUUUUACGCGAACAUCAAUACAAAUGUUUAAAACAACAAGAAAAGUUAGCUGAACAAUGUGCAGUGCAUAGAAAUGAAACAAUCAGAGAAGUUGUUCUAGCUCUACAAAAUCAAUCGAGACGAUUAUCUGCAAAUACUAAUGAAUAUUAUUCUGUGAUCAAGCAUACAUUAACAUCGUAUGAAUGCAAGUCAUUGAGAGCAAAACUGGACUGUCUGUAUAACAUUUUACACACAGCUUGUCCAUCAAAUGCUGUUCGAUUAAUAAUGAAUUAUUUCAAAGAAACUCUACCUGAUGGUUGUUCAUUUAACUAUGAGACAAGAUUAUCAAAACACUUGGAAUCCGUUCAAAUGACUCAGUCAAUUAACAAUGAUGAGAAUGUUGAUGAACGCAACAGUCGGAAACAUCUUGUAACGGAUAAUUUAAUAAAAAGUGUUAAAGCAAGUCCACAAAAGCUGUUAAAGAAUUAUUCAAGCUAUUUGAGUUAUAGUUUACUACAUAUACUAUUAGAUAACAUUGUGAUUAUCUUGAUUAAAUUCUUUUCUUUCCCUUAAAGGUUUCUUUUUCUAUUACUGUUCUUAGUUGUUAUUUAAUUUAAUUUAAUUUCCUUGCUAAGGAGUUGAACGUCAUUCAUUCACACUAUUCCACUGUGAUCUCUUGUAUAAACAUUUUUAUGUACUACUAAUGCAAAUGUUAGUAGCUUAACAAGUGAUCUCUUUUUUGUGUACAUACCAAUGUAAUUUUUAGCCACAGAUAUUGAAAUGAAUGUCAGUACAAAUUGAUGAGUAAAGCAGUAAUAAUAAUUCGUUCCACAGAAAUUCAGAAUUCCAUUUUCUUUUUCGCAUUGUUCUUUCUGUUUGCCGAUUUGAUUUUUCUUUCCCAUAAAGAUUACUGUACAGAUAUACUUCUAUUUUUUAAGUGGAAAAUAACUUUUGAAA